AAUUGCCAGCGCAGAUAGGCCUAAUCGUUGCCUUUCGAAUCUGUAUAGCCAUAAUUGCAAUCAUGAUGACGGGCUUGCACGUGCUAACUCACGUGCACCCUCCAUUUCUCUCCCGUUACUAUAAAAAUGGAGCUCCAAAUCUACCCUCCAUCUGCUCUGCUCGCCUCGGCGCAAUGGCUGACCAACCAACCGUUGACUCCGGCACCGCCGACCAACUCCGCUCUCAGUUCAUCCAAGUCCUCCGCAGCCGCCGUUCCCCUGAAGUUUCCCUUUCUGUGAUACCUGGAAAACCAGUUAUAGAUCCUUUGUAUCAGGAAAAUCCUAAGCCAGUGUUUAGUGAGGUGAUGGCAUCUUGUCCAAAGGCAAACAUUACCAAUUUUAAGGAAUUACUCCAGGAGGAAAAUUUAUACUUGACUACUGAGGAGGGAGAUCAGGGGCAAUUGCCUGUGUUGAUAUUGAGCAUGAAAGAAAGCAAUAAGAAGAAAAGGCCAGCUAUUGUUUUUUUGCACAGCACACAUAAAUGCAAGGAAUGGUUAAGACCACUGCUUGAGGCAUAUGCUUCAAGGGGAUAUAUAGCUGUUGCCAUUGAUUCUCGUUACCAUGGAGAACGUGCAAGCUGUUUGACAACCUACCGAGAUGCCCUUGUUUCAUCUUGGAAGACAGGUGAUACAAUGCCAUUUAUAUAUGACACGGUUUGGGAUCUGAUAAAACUGGCUGAUUAUCUCACAGAAAGGGAGGAUGUUGACCCAUCAAGGAUAGGAAUCACUGGGGAAUCACUUGGGGGUAUGCAUGCUUGGUUUGGUGCUGCUGUUGACACCCGCUACACAGUAGUUGUCCCCAUAAUCGGUGUACAGGGGUUUAGAUGGGCCAUAGAACAUGACAAAUGGCAAGCAAGAGUGAACAGUAUCAAGGCAGUCUUUGAAGAAGCCCGGGCUGAUUUAGGCAAGCAGGAGAUUGAUAAAGAUGUGGUGGAAAAGGUGUGGGACAGAAUUGCACCAGGUUUAGCCUCCCAAUUCGAUUCACCCUACACAGUGCCAAUUAUUUCACCUCGUCCUUUGCUGAUUCUAAAUGGGGAAGAAGAUCCUCGUUGCCCACUUGCUGGUUUGGAAAUUCCCAAGUCUAAAGCUACUCAAUCUUGUGAAGAUGCCCACUGUCCUGAUCAUUUCAAGCUGAUAGCGCAACCUGGAAUCGGGCAUCAAAUGACACCAUUCAUGGUAAAAGAAGCAAGUGAUUGGUUUGACAAAUUCCUCAAGCCAUGACUGCAACAGUGCAAAGUAUGAGCAUCUGAGGAUCCUUGCUCUGAAAUUUUAAGUGAUCUCAUGUGUGAUGGUUUUAGUAUAUAAUGCAAGUUUGUACUGCUUAACUUUUUAGAUUACUGAUUUACUGUUGCCUGUGGGUGUGUAACAAUGAUUAUUAAUGAACCAUGGUCUACACAAUUGUGUGGACUAUAAAUAAAAAGUACAUUUGUAAUA